CACACUAAAUCAAAUUUAGGAAAAUCGUGCCGGUUAAUUAUUAGUAAACAAAUAUAUUAAAUUAAAUACAUUUAAGUGCGCCCACUUUUUUCCAGCUGGAAUCAUGCCCAAGGAACAGUUUCGCGCCUCUGCGCUGAACAAAAAGAUUUCACAUGUGCAAUUCGGAAUCAGUGGGGCGGAUGAGAUUCAACAGGAGGCCCUUGUGCGGAUAAUCUCCAAGAAUCUGUACCAGGCCCAGAGACAGCCGGUUCCCUAUGGAGUGCUUGACCGCCGAAUGGGGAUCAGCACGAAGGAUGCCAUGUGCGAGACCUGUGGGCAAGGUCUGAACGAGUGCAUCGGUCACUUUGGCUACUUGGAUUUGGCACUACCCGUUUUCCAUAUCGGUCAUUUUCGUUCCACCAUUAAUAUCCUACAGAUGAUAUGCAAGGCAUGUGCCCAAGUGAUGUUGAAGCCCGAGGACAGGCAGCUGUUCGAGAAGAAGCUGCACAACCCGAACUUCUCCUAUUUGGGAAAGAAGGCCUUGCACGUGCAGAUGCUGGCCAAGGCCAAAAAGGUCACCAAGUGCCCGCAUUGCGGUUCCCCAAACGGUGGUGUGAAGAAGGGUCCCGGGCUCCUUAAAAUCCUGCACGAUCCCUACAAGGGGCGCAAAGUGGAUUCUCUCUUUACCAGCAAUAUGAACGAAAUGCUCCGCUCCACAGAGGCGAAUCGAGAUCUCAAUCUAACGCUGGGUAGCUAUAGCACAGCCGAGGAACUUACGCCGCUCAUGGUGCUCGACCUCUUCGAACAGAUUCCCCAGAGCGAUGUGGCCCUAUUGGGAAUGUGUUCGCACGAUGCCCACCCAAAGCAUCUUAUUGUGACGCGAGUCUUUGUGCCUCCCGCCUGCAUUCGCCCCUCAGUGCUGUCUGAAGUAAAGGCCGGCACCACGGAGGACGAUUUGACCAUGAAACAGAGUGAAAUCUUGCUCAUCAAUGAUGUAAUUCAGCGUCACAUGGCUACCGGCGGAAAGAUCGAGCUUAUACACGAGGAUUGGGACUUUCUGCAGCUUCAUGUCGCUCUAUACUUCCAUAGUGAAAUCAGCGGAAUCCCCAUCAAUAUGGCACCAAAGAAAACAACGCGCGGAAUUGUUCAGCGACUGAAGGGAAAGCAGGGUCGCUUCCGCUGUAACUUAUCUGGAAAAAGAGUGGACUUUAGCGGGCGCACCGUCAUUUCACCGGAUCCGAACUUGAUGAUCAACCAGGUGGGGGUUCCAGUGCGAGUGGCUAAAAUACUGACGUACCCAGAGCGCGUUAAUCCAGCAAAUAUGCGUCACAUGAGGGAACUAGUACGCAAUGGACCAAGCCUGCAUCCCGGCGCAAACUAUGUUCAGCAGCGAGGAUCGAGUUUCAAGAAGUACCUGGCCUAUGGCAAUCGAGAAAAGGUGGCGCAGGAGCUGAAGUGCGGUGACAUCGUUGAACGUCAUCUCCGCGACGAUGAUAUAGUACUGUUUAACCGUCAACCUUCGCUCCAUAAGAUGUCCAUUAUGUGCCACCGCGCCAAAGUGCAGCCACAAAGGACAUUCCGCUUCAACGAGUGUGCCUGUACACCUUACAACGCCGACUUUGACGGUGACGAGAUGAAUCUGCACUUGCCGCAAACGGAGGAAGCUAGAGCUGAAGCGCUAAUUCUAAUGGGAAACCAGUCGAAUUUGGUAACGCCGAAAAAUGGUGAGAUUUUAAUUGCCGCCACACAGGACUUCAUCACUGGAGGCUACUUGCUCACGCAAAAGGAGGUGUUUCUUACCAAGGAAGAUGCCAUGCAGUUAGCCGCAUGCUUCUUGGCAUGUGAAGACUCCACCAUGCACAUAAAGCUGCCACCACCUGCUCUUCUCAAGCCACGUCGACUGUGGACAGGCAAGCAACUGUUUAGCUUGCUAAUGCGACCGAACGACGACUCUGAAGUUCGCCUUAAUAUGGUGAACAAAGGACGAAACUACACGCGAAACAUGGAUCUGUGCAGCAAUGACUCAUGGAUUCACAUACGCAACUCGGAAUUGAUGUGCGGUGUUAUGGAUAAGGCUAGCAUGGGCUCUGGUACAAAACAGUGCAUCUUCUACUUGCUGCUAAGAGACUUUGGAGAACUUCACGCUACUAAGGCGAUGUGGAGAUUAGCAAGGAUCACGUCGUACUAUCUACAGAACCGAGGCUUCUCAUUUGGAAUAAGCGACGUCACCCCAAGCAAAAAACUUCUGCAACACAAGGAAGUGUUAUUAGAACAUGGAUAUUCAAAAUGCAAUGACUAUAUCGAAAAACUUAAGGCGGGUACCCUGCAGUGCCAACCUGGCUGCACCCCAGAAGAGACUCUUGAGGCCGUGAUGUUGCGCGAACUGUCGGGAAUCCGAGAGCAGGCUGCCAAAACAUGUUUUGCAGAGCUCCAUCCCACAAAUAGUGCGUUGAUAAUGGCGCUCAGUGGAUCGAAGGGCUCGAAUAUUAACAUUUCCCAAAUGAUCGCUUGCGUUGGGCAGCAGGCGAUAAGUGGAAAACGAGUGCCCAAUGGCUUUGAGAAUCGAGCCCUGCCCCAUUUUGAAAGGCACUCUGCUAUUCCGGCGGCAAGAGGUUUUGUGCAGAACAGUUUCUACUCCGGCCUCACACCAACGGAGUUCUUCUUUCACACAAUGGCCGGACGAGAGGGAUUGGUGGACACAGCUGUGAAGACGGCGGAGACUGGAUAUCUGCAGCGACGUUUGGUGAAGUGCCUUGAAGAUUUGGUAGUGCAUUACGACGGCACUGUGCGUAAUGCUGUCAACGAAAUGGUGGAUACCAUAUACGGUGGCGAUGGCCUCGACCCAGUAUCAAUGGAGACCCGAAACAAACCAGUUGAUCUAGUCCAUCAAUAUGACAAUCUGCGUGCUCAACAUCCACAUGGCGAGCAACGUCCGCUUUUGGGGGCCGAAAUUCCUGAGACCUUAGAAUCACUUUUUAAGACGCCUGAAUUCAUAGAAUCCCGAGAUGAUUUUAAAGUAGAUGUUAGAAACCAUAUAAAUACUGUGGCCAAGCGGAUUGAGCAAUUGCAGAAACGCUAUGACAAAUAUAAAGACAUUUGCAAUCAGAUCGAAUGCAUCACCGCCGAUCAGCUGCUUAAAUUUUUGCGCCGAAUUAAUGAUCGAUACAACCGAGCUGUAAGCGAACCUGGCACAGCAGUUGGAGCUAUUGCAGCGCAGAGUAUUGGAGAGCCAGGAACCCAAAUGACUUUGAAGACGUUCCAUUUUGCUGGCGUUGCCUCUAUGAAUAUUACACAAGGUGUACCCCGUAUAGUUGAGAUAAUUAACGCGACGAAAACAAUAUCGACGCCAAUCAUAACUGCUGAGUUGGAGAAUAGCCAUAGCAUGGAAUUUGCAAGACAAGUCAAGGCGCGUAUUGAGAAAACAACUUUGGCAGAGCUAUCAUCCUAUGUUGAAGUUGUAUGCGGACCUUACAGCUGCUACCUCGCGAUCGGAAUCGAUAUGGCCAGAAUUAAGCUUCUGGGUCUCCACAUAAACCUGGACACAAUUGUUUUUAGCAUACUGAAGUCGCGUAUGCGGGUUAAGCCGUCCCAAGUGCAGAGUGUUGCGAAACUAUCGCGAAUUGUUGUGCGGGUCGAAGCCACGCGUACCUCAACAAUAAACGCAGAGCUGGCGCGUCUGGCCCUCAGUCUACAGAAUGUCGUGGUGGCGGGCCUACCGAACAUCGCCCGUGCAGUAAUUGCUGUGGAUGAUGCGAAACAGCCUCCUACAUAUAAACUUUGCAUCGAAGGCUACGGACUUCGCGAUGUCAUCGCUACAUUUGGUGUGGUAGGCGAACAUACCCGCAGUAACAACAUUUGUGAAAUAUAUCAAACGCUGGGGAUAGAAGCAGCCCGGACUAUCAUUAUGAGCGAGAUCACAGAGGUUAUGGAGGGCCAUGGCAUGAGUGUCGAUUGGCGCCAUAUCAUGCUCCUAGCCAGCCAAAUGACAGCGCGUGGCGAAGUAUUGGGUAUCACUCGACAUGGUUUGGCCAAAAUGCGCGAGAGCGUUUUCAAUUUGGCAUCGUUUGAAAAGACGGCGGAUCAUUUGUUUGAUGCAGCAUACUACGGUCAGACCGACGCCAUUAAUGGGGUUUCAGAACGUAUAAUCCUAGGGAUGCCCGCGGGCAUAGGUACCGGUAUCUUUAAGUUGCUACAACAUCAUGAGGACAAGCAGGUUCCUCCUAUUGAACCAACUAUAUCCAGUUCUCUGAAUCUAUUGCCGUGCAUAUAAGAAGCUGGCCUUCUUAGCGUAUCUUUGAUAAUUUAGUUAUUUUUUUAAUGAUUUACAUUGUGUUUUAGUCUAUUAAAUACAUUUUUUAUAAAAUAUGAA